CGAGACGUCGUUUCGCGUGGUCCAUCCAUUCGUAUUCGAAGGACAACGCCAAGACGAUGACGAACUUGGACUCAGUGGGGAAUUGGAUCGCAUGCUGCAUAUGAGGCGAGCAUUGCUUGCGGUUGCGGCGAUGGCGGCCACCGCGGAUGGUGUGCGCGCGUUGGGUGGAAGGUCGGCGCCCCAACCUGGCUACCGAGACGGCGAUCUGACGUACGUGGCAGUGUCGCCAAAGGAUCCGUUUGUCGACAUGACAGCGGCGCAGUUUGUCGACGAUUACCAGACGAAAUUGCACUUUCACUUUGCCACGAUCCACGCGAAUCGCGUCGUGACGGCCGAGGUGGCCAAGCACAGCGUGGACGCCGAUUUCAACUGGGACGGCGACCAUGUCGUCCUCAACAACGACGUCCUGACGACAACCGGGUACACAUACCGCGUCAAUCUGUUCCUGGCGCUCCAUUUUGACUCGGUGCACUUUGGCGGGCCCAAGUAUCACACCGUCGCGAGCGCCGACUACACUUGUACGAACGACACGACGACGGGAGAGCGAUGCAAGCCCGAGUCGUUUUUGGAGAACUCGCGCCGAGUCCAGAACGUGGAUGCGAUUCCGAGCCUCGUCCAAAACACGUUGAACGCGACGGUGCUCUUUCAGAAGUUGUCGCUCCACUUCACGGCGUACGAGACGCAGGCCCUCACGACGCACACGCCGGGCGCGCUCAUGCAUUACGUGGCAUUUUCGAUCCAGGACGAACCUGUCCAGUGUCGAGCAAGUUUGUACUUUGACGGGCUCAAAACACACGUCCUCCACUACAACACGGACUGCUUGACGUCGCCAUACGACUCGGCCAUGUUCCAUGCGGCUGAGCGAGACGACAAACUCAAGAUCGUGGGAAUCCUCAUGGCAGUCUCGGCGGGACUGACAGUGCUUGGCGUCGUUGUCGCUCGACGGGUCACCCGAUCGAAGGUCAGUCGUCGAGAUGGACAAAAGUACAGUCCCGUGCGCUUGCACAAAGCCCCCGCCGAGUACUCGCCUAAGGGCGAGAUCCACGACCCAUCCAAGUCGUAUAGCUCGAUGGCAGUGUAAUGUAGUCACAUGACCGAUCAUUGAAUCGAUGUCGCUAUGCCGUGGGGGACGGUCCAUCUGGGAGCCCAUGCUCCGUUCUGC